CGCAGCUGAUGUUGUUUAAAUUGGCGGGAAAUACAAUUGUGUGUUGUGGUUUUCAUUAAAUUUGUUUACAAUGGACCAAUAUCCCGAUGAAAAUGAGGAAUUUGAACUACAAUAUCAAGAUGAGCUGGAGAUGAUGGAUGAUUUUGAUAAUGACGAUGGACCUAGUACAUCUCAUCAAGCAGCAGCUAAGGCAAAAGCUGUAACUGGAUCCACUCCCACCGUUGCCCGUUUGAGUAACUCCACCUUGAAUUCUCCCCAAUUGUCGCAAAUCACAUUUGGAUCGACUCAGAGUCAGAUUGAGAAUGGAGCUGAUGGCGGAGGAGGACCCGUUAACCGUCGUCUCUUUGGCACACCGAAAGUACCGGGCAUUGGACGCGGCUGUUCCACUCCGUUUCAACGGAUGCCAGCUAUCGAAGAAUCCGAGUUGGCAGCAGAAAAACUGCAAGAAGUGGAUCUGCGUCCAACAAACAAAAGACGCCUGGAGCGGGAUCUCUUUGGUGAUAUUGAUGAUCUAUUCCAUGAGUCCUACGAGGAUCCGCUGGUAAAGAAGGCACGCACCGAAGAGCAGCGGGAUCAGCAGGCCAUUGAGAAGAUUUUGGAGUUGCGUAGGAAAAUGCGAGAGACCACCAAAACGGUGCGCCACGAUGAGAUUAGUCGAUUAAAGUCGUUGCAUGAUUUCAAAAUGAGAAAUUUAUCCUAUCAAAUACCAAAUUGGCCAUUUUUGCCCAUACAACGCAGCGAUUUGGAAAGGAUCUAUGUGAGAUUUCAUUCAGAGGACUAUGAGCAGAGACAAUUGGACUUAAUAGGAGCACGUCAGAACACAACGGGCAGUCUUUUGGGUGACAGCAAGGAGCAGGUUUGGCGCGAGGCCAAUGAAAUGGUUCUUCGUCGUUUGGCUCCACCCACCCAAGCACCAGCUGUUGUAGUAGAAACUAUUGACUUCUCCUCGUCCUCCUCAACGAGUGGCCUGUGGGUAGACAAAUAUAAGCCUAGGAAGUACAUAGAUCUCCUCUCCGAUGAGAUGACCAAUCGCAGUCUUUUAUAUUGGCUUAAAAUGUGGGAUAAAGUUGUUUUUGGCAAGGUCUUUCAUUCCAAGCAAGAACAAGAACAACAAAUGGCAGGAGGCGCGGGUUCAGGUUCAGGUUCGGGUUCUGGAGCAGCAGCUCAGCUGAAUAGCUUCAAUAAACGUACUGGGAAAUUUGAAUCGAAUGGCGGUUGGAGGCAGCGCAAAGCCCGCCAGGCUCUCAACACAAAUGUCGAUGAUUUGGGACGACCCAUGCAAAAGGUGGCCCUGUUGUGCGGUCCUCCUGGUCUUGGAAAGACCACUUUGGCCCACACCAUUGCCCGACAUGCUGGCUACAAUGUCAGGGAAAUAAAUGCCUCCGAUGAUCGUAGUCCAGAGGCCUUCAAAUUGGCCUUGGAGAAUGGUACUCAAAUGUCAUCGGUUUUGAAUGAGGAUAAGCGACCUAAUUGCAUUGUUUUGGAUGAAAUCGAUGGAGCGCCACGACAAUCAAUUGAAUAUUUGGUUAAAUUCGUCAGCGAUGGCAUUUAUAGUAAGGUCAAGGCGAAAGGGUCGAAACCCGAGCAUAAUGUCCUGCGGCGUCCCAUCGUAUGCAUUUGCAAUGAUGUCUAUGAUCCUGCCCUGCGUCCCUUGCGACAAAUUGCCUUUGUUGUACAAUUUCCACCCAUCGAUUCAGCUCGUUUGGCCGAAAGGUUGAUUCAAGUGGCCAAGAAGGAGAAAAUGAAAACAGAUUUCGGUUCACUUAUUGCUCUGGCCGAGAAAUCGGGCAAUGAUGUUAGAAGUUGUAUAUCCUCCAUGCAGUUUUUUAACGCUCAAAAACAUAGUCUAACUCUGCAGGAUGUUUUAAAUAAUAAUCUAGGACAAAAGGAUCGUCAUCAGGGUCUAUUUGAUGUUUGGGGUGCCAUUUUUCGUAUUCAACGUCCCAAAAAACAAUUGGCUGCCUCUAGUAAUUCUCAAAACGCCGAUGAACCAGCCGAGGUGAUAUUGACAAAUAUGUCUGUACCCACACGUGUGCAAAAUGUCCUGACUGUGGUGCAUUCCUGUGGAGAUUUUGAACGUCUUACCCAAGGAGUCUAUGAGAAUUAUUUGCAACAGAAAAUGCCCGAUCCAAAUUUCAAUGGAGUCUGCGAGGCUCUUCAAUGGUUUUGUUUUCAGGAUCUUUUACAAAAUCAAAUCAAUCGGCAACAGAACUAUUCGGUAUAUCCAUAUUUACAACAUGGUUUCGUUAUGUGGCAUUUACUCUUUGCCACUUUGGCCUGGCCGAAAAUUGCAUUCCCCAUGCGAGGUUUCGAGUUUCAACAGAAGACACAGAAUCAACGUAAUAUAUAUCAAGCCCUUCGCAAAGGUGUCAGCUCCACAUCUUCGGGUGUGGGACAGGGAAAUGUUCUAUUACUGGAUACGGUGCCGAUGCUAAAACGCAUAUUAUCACCCCAAUUGCGUUCAGUGGCCGUGCAGUUGCUAUCGCCCAAAGAACAAUACGAUUUACGUCACACGAUAGAAGUAAUGGUUGACUUGGGCCUAACAUUUAUGCAAGUCAAAUCUGCCGAAGGUCAUUAUGUAUUCCAAACAGAACCAGAUCUCGAUGCAUUGGCCAAUUUUCCAGGUUCACUUGGCUUGACUUUACCCUAUUUCAGUCGACAAUUGAUAGCACGUGAAGUGGAUUUAGAACGCAUACGGCGAGCUGCACCCAAGGGCAAUGGCAAAGCGGUGGAAAACACAAAGAAGAAACCAACUCAGACCACCUCACCGCGACUACCGAAUCAUUUGCAAACAUUGAAACCGAAACAAAUUUCCAGCAAUAAACCGAAUGCAACCGCUAAGCAGCAGCUCACUAAAGACUUUUUUGGACGCAUUACUCAUAAGUCAUCGGCAAUUUCAGCCACGGAAGAACGCAAAACUGAUGCUAUUGUUAAAAGUCCUAUUUGGUAUCGGUAUAAAGAAGGUUUCAAUAAUGCUGUACGCAAGGAUGUUCAUCUCAAUGAAUUGCUCUGAGAGUAAUUUAGUUUAUAGAAGUAUCCUUUUUACAGAUUUUGUAUAAUAAUGUAUUUAUUUUUUAAAGUUGUUUAGAAAAAGUGAAUGGAAAUCUUUAAGAAUUUUAGUCAUAGGUUUCAAUUAAAGCUAUUAAUUUAAUCAAAAGUA